AGGCUCAGCAGGUAAUCGAAAAGUUCAAGGCACUGCCCACGGCUGCUCAGGAAGACCUCAAGAAGCAGUUCCCUAUAACAGUUCACGCAUUCACGAGCAAGAAAAUCAACAAGAUGGUGGCAAGGCUAUUGGUCAACGGCUAA